AUGAGAGGCGCCGCGCGAGUCUCAGUGAUACUCCUCUUGGUGACCGCGUCCGACUGUGCCGUGAUCACCGGGGCCUGCGAGCGGGAUAUCCAGUGCAGGGCGGGCACCUGCUGUGCGGUCAGCCUGUGGCUGCGUGGGCUGCGGGUGUGCACCCCACUGGGGCGGGCAGGAGAGGAGUGCCACCCCGGCAGCCACAAGGUCCCCUUCUUCAGAAAGCGGCAGCACCAUGCCUGCCCCUGCCUGCCCAACCUGCUAUGUUCCCGUGGCCUGGACGGCAGGUACCGUUGCUCCACCGACUUGAAGAACAUCAACUUUUAG